AUGGAUCACCGGAAGCAGCAGGGGAGCGGCGGCAGCGCGCCCAAGAACGGCGGCGGCAAGGGGAGCGGCAAGGCGGGGGGCGGGGGCAAGAAGCCGAUCAAGGUGGUGUACAUCUCCAACCCCAUGAGGGUCAAGACCAACGCCGCGGGCUUCCGCGCCCUCGUCCAGCAGCUCACCGGCCGCCACGCCGACCCCUCCAAGUACAGCGCCGACGACGAGUACGCUGCCGCGCAGGCGCAGCAGGAGCUCAGCCCCGAGGGGAGCGCGGCUGCCUCCACGCUGGACGCGGUUGCCCCCGGCCCCGCCGCCGCGCCGGAAUUCGCCGCGGGGCCGUACGGCGACGGCGACGGCGACGACGAGGGGGAGGACGACGACAUCUUCGGCUCGCAGCUGCUGGACACGGACUACGCCAUCCUCUCGCCGCCGCCACUGCUCUUCGACUACCCGCACGGCAGCAUCAGCAAGGUGUAGUGACCAGUCACCCGAUCCUCCCAGCACGCUUGCAUGUUAGUUUGACGCGUGCGCCGCCUUCUUAUUUGCAUGUCACAUGAUGAUCUCGCUGUAUUGCAUGUGUGUGUCACCAUAAUUUGUGCGUGAGAAUAUUAGCUAGCUCCAAUUUAAUCCCUCCAUCGAUCAGCCCUCCAUGAUCAGCCUCUGAAUUCCCCCCCGCGCGCGCAUGCCAUUAUAC